AUGGACUUUGUCCUGGGCAAGCGCGGGAUUCUGGCCUUCUUCACCCUAUCGGUGUUGACACUCAUGGUUGCCCUUGAUGGGACGAGUAUCUCUGUUGCUCUGCCUAUCAUCACGCGAGACCUCAAAGGAACAGCAAUCGAGGCCUUCUGGAGCGGAACCUCGUUUCUUCUCUCCUCGACAGUCUUCCAGCCCAACUUUGCCUCGCUGUCUGGCAUCUUUGGUCGACGGCCGCUGGUGCUGACUGCCCUGACGCUCUUCUUCGUCGGCACGGUGAUCUGCUCCGUGGCCAACGACUUCACGCAUAUGCUUAUUGGACGCUCUAUCCAAGGUGUCGGCGGUGGAGGCUUGAUUGCCCUCAGCGAGGUUAUUGUCACUGACCUGGUUCCUCUGCGCCUUCGAGGACAGUACUUUGGGAUCUUGUCUGCCAUGUGGAGUGUUGGCUCUGUUACCGGGCCUAUCCUCGGUGGUGGCUUUGCGCAGGAUGUUACUUGGCGAUGGAUCUUCUACAUCAACUUCCCCUUCAUCGGCAUCGGACUUGUGUCUAUCGUCCUCUUCCUCAAGCUCAACAUCAUCCCAAGCUCCCUGGCCCAGAAGCUGCGCCAGAUCGACUACAUCGGCACCGUCAUCUUCGUCGGCAGCCUGUCCUCCUUCCUGAUCCCCUUGACCUGGGGCGGCAUCCUCUACUCCUGGUCCUCCUGGCGCACCCUGGUCCCCUUGAUCAUCGGCGUCGUGGGACUGGCCGUCUUCUCCGUCUAUGAAUACCGCUUCGCAACAGACCCUAUCAUCCCCCCGGCCAUCUUCCAAAACCGCACCGCGUCCGUCUCCUUCGCCGGCUCGUUCCUCCAAGGCCUCGUCCUCUGGUGCAUCCUCUACUACCAACCCCUCUACUACGAAGCGGUCAAGGGCUACUCGCCCAUAAUGGCCGGCGUGGCCCUCUUCCCCGCAACAUUCACCGUCGCCCCCUCCGCCGCCGUCGUGGGCAUCCUCGUCACCAAAUUCGGCCACUACCGCUGGGCCAUCUGGACGGGCUGGACUCUCUCGACAUUCGGCCUCGGUCUGCUCUGCUAUAUGGAUGUAGACACCAGCAUCCCGGCCUUUAUCUUCAUCAAUAUCAUCCCCGGGAUCGGUCUCGGUCUGUUAUUCCCGUCUAUCGGAUUCGCCAUCCAAGCCUCCGCAACGAAUGAGACUCUCGCCAUCGCAGUCGGGAUGUUCAGUUUCUUCCGCGCGAUGGGCCAGGCCGUCGGCGUUGCCAUUGGCGGCGUCGUCUUCCAGAAUAGGAUGUAUCACUAUUUACUGCGCUAUGAGUCCCUGGCGCCCAUGGCGGGUGUGUAUUCGCAGGACGCGGCCGGGUUGGUGGAAGUGAUCAAGACGAUGCAUGAUGGUGCGGAGAAACUGGCGCUGCAGACGGCGUAUACGGAUAGUUUGAGGAUAGUGUAUGCGGUUUGCUGUGCGGUUUGUGGGGUGGCGCUGGUGUUGAGUUUGGGGACGCAGAGUUAUGAUUUGAAUCGCGCGUUGGAGAGUGUGCAGGGGCUUAGGGGGAGGGAGGUUGAUGUUGAGGCGAAGUUGUAG